ACCGUUCAAUGAAACUAAAGAUAAAUGAAUGUGUUUAGGGGGACGAGUUAGACGGUAACACUAGUUACACAGAGUUGACUUCCGGUUUGUGGAUGUCUUGUUGGUUGGAGCGCUAUGAUUUUCUCGGAGUUUCGGGGGAUAGAGGAAAACACUCGAGUGGCCAACGCGGAAAGGAAACCCAGCCUUAAUGGCUACGUCUACUCAGAAUGCGGGCCUGCCGGAGUGUGUAAAAGAAUCUUUCUGUAAUGUGCUGAGGUUAGUACCCCGUGGCCUGACUUUAGGGCCCUCUCUCGCUAAAGAUGGGCAAAUGGGGUUGUGGUGUGUUGGAUGGGACUUACAGACUGGAACUCUUCUGGGGCUGGAAGAUCCAGACAAAGUGCCAGAAAAGGAAGAGACAGCCGAAGUGAGCAGAUGCCUAAAAGGAGCUAAAGGACAAAUUUCAGGCAGAACAUACUGGAUGAGGUUUGCUUGUAGUGCCCCGAGUGAAGAUCAAAGGAACGUCAUUGUGCAUGAGGUGGAUGGAAAACCUUGUUUCAGGACCUGUAAGGACAUCAGUCAGGGAACAGAGCUCCUGGUCUGGCCAGAAGAUCAGAACUUUCCGAAUGAACCUGUGAAGAACAAGGUAGUGACCAUAACAGAAGAACUCUCCAAACAGGAAACACCACAGAGAGCAACAAAACAGCUGAAGGAUGAACAUCCAGCCAGCAAUGCAGAAUGGAAUCAAGUAGAAUGCAGAGAUAGACAUGAAAAGGAAGUGAUGGAUACAUGUGGUACUGCUGAGAAGCUGGGGAGCAUUGCUGGAGCCACAGCACUGGAGCUAGCAAAACCACCUGAGCAGCUUCGAGUGGCUGUGAGAGCCAGCUGUCGCCUGGCAAUGAAACCUCGCAUAGUCCACUCACUAAGCAGCCAUUUAAUCAAGCAAUCGCAAGGGCAAAGAUGUGGGAUUGCUACACAUGUUACCAAGAACUCUCAGAGCAAACAGAUUACCACUGAAAAUGGACAAGAAAGCCAAGAGAUCUCAGUCCACAAGGAGAAGGUUAAUGCAGAUGAUAAGCCCAAGGAAGGGUCUGUGAAUGUGCAAAGAGGAAAAGAGGGUUCUCCAGACAUCGAGAAUCUACGAGAGCGCAAGUACAAGUGUGAUGAGUGUGGAAAAACUUUCUUCCAGCUUUGCCACUUAAAGAAGCACAAGUUCACACACUCUGAGUUGAAGCCAUAUGCUUGUAAAGUCUGUGAAAAGCGCUACAGAUCCAAGGAGAGUUAUCAUGCCCACUUACUCUUGCACAGUGGACAACGACCUUACAAGUGCCAGCAUUGUGACAAGAGCUAUGGUCUGAAACGUGACCUCAAGGAGCACCAAGUGCUACACACAGGUGAGAAACCAUUUGUGUGUGAUGUAUGUGGCAAGGGUUUUGCCCGGAGGCCUUCUCUGCGUGCCCACAGGGCGGUCCAUGAGGCCAAAUGGGUCCCCAGGAUCAAAUGCCCAGAGUGCGCCAAAGAACUCGCCAACCAGAACUCUCUUAGGGCCCACAUGUGCUUACACACAGGUGAGCGGCCAUAUGCAUGCCCGCACUGUGCCAAGUGCUUUCGCCAGCGUUUCAACCUGCAGGGGCACCUGCGCCGCCACACAGGCGAAAAGCCCUAUGGGUGCCCACACUGUGAGCUUCGUUUCUCACAGGCACCCGAGCUGAAGCGGCAUCUGAUUUGCCACACGGGUGAAGCAUACCUCUGCCCUGUGUGUGGUAAAGCACUGCGAGACCCACAAACACUGCGGGCCCAUGAGCGUCUGCAUGCGGAUGACAGGCCCUAUAAGUGCCAGGAUUGUGGGAAAGGGUAUACACUGGCAACCAAGCUCCGCAGACACAUGAAGUCACACCUGGAAGAAAAGCCACACAAGUGCGAGAUAUGCGGAAGCAAAUACACUUUGAUGCAAAGUCUACAGCGCCACCUCAGAGUACACGCAGAUCGAAUGGAGGCUGGGCACACGGUGCCAACUAGGGGGCGACCUAGAAAAUCAAGCCAUAAAGAGAGGGAGCAAUGGGAGAGUGAUGGAGGGAAUCAGGAAAAAGAGCAAACUUUGUUUUUUGUCCACACCCUGCAGGACCCUAGAAUGACACCUCACUCCGAAGAAGUUGUCGCAGAAGUUGAAGAAGGUUUGGAACAGAUGGAACUUGGUCAGGACAUUAUAGAAAUUGUUGUGUCCACUGACAAUACUAAGUGCAUUCUGGUUCAAGCACAGGAUACUAAUGCUGAGUGUAUUCUUUUACAUCAGCAGGAUGCUAACGCUAAGUGUAUACCAGUGGAGAACCAGGACGAGAAUACUAAAUGCAUUGUUGUGGACGAGCAGGCCGAGAACAGUAACAUGGUCAUAAUACAAGGUCACGACGAGCUAAACUCAGUGGCAGAGACCAUUGAAAUAGAGACGGGAAUUGAGGACUGAAUAUAUUGAAUAUGUUGAGUUUUUUCACUGCUCAAAGGCUUGCUACUACAUUUCGUUAGAAGGUUAUUCUGAAAUGGCAGCAGUUGAGUUAAAGACAUUAGUAAAUAUUGACUCAUCUGUUCACUGAACCUUGUGUCAUCACUGUUUGUGCCAGAUCUGAACACCGUGUACAAAACAAAUCUCUGCUGAAAUAUGGCUUUCUAAGUAGGAUUAUUAGUGUUCCAACUAUUACUAAUUUUGUGGGGGUUUUUAAUAGAAUUAAUCACAGAUUGUAUAUUUAAAAGUAACACCCAUCAUAUCUAUCUAUCUAUCUAUCUAUCUAUCUAUAUAUAUAUAUCUCAGAGAUUCUCAAACCCAAGGAGGAUAAAAAUUUCAAAUUGUAUCUCUACCUACUAAUGUUUGUCAUUUUAUAAAAUCUUCUUCAUUCAAAUAAAAAAAGUGGCAUGCCCAGCCGAUUUCGUCGCAAUAUCAUGAGCUAAAUCCACUGGUACUUUAUUUCUGUGUAAUUCUUUUGAUUGUCAAACAGCACAACAGUUGAGGAAUUUCAUACUGAGGCUAAAGAAUGGAAGAAAGUGAAAGAUGCUUUUUAUUAGAUUAUUUGCAAAACGACUUAAACUUCAUUCAAGUGUAACUAUUUGUAUAAUCUUCUGGACAAUUUGUUAAUCCUCACAUUCUCCUCACUGUAGCCUAGCCAUCCUC